AGCAAAAAUAUAAAAUACUUACUCUGCACGAGAUACUUGGAGUAGGAAAAAUGAAAGGAAACUUUUUAAUAUUUGUCCUGCGCGUGUAGGUACAUGCUUCUUAAUGUCAACAUCAAGGCCGCAGGGUUCUGGCAUUCGUAUGGAGAUCUGAAACAUUGGUCGAAGGUAAGAAGGCAUUUCAGCAAAGGGAAUAGGCUAUCCUUUGCAUGAUUUUGCUUGCCUACAUGAUUUUCAUCAAGGUAUUAAAUUAAGAGGGACCCUUAAAUUUUUUUGGCCCCCUCAACACAAUGGUUUGGUGCACUCAUUGUGGAAAGGACCAGCCCACUGAGCGUGAUGAUAUAAAUGGAUUCAUGUAGAGAACAUGUGUAGCAGAUGGAUGUUUCAUUGGUAUUGAGGAUGCCUCAAACAUCUUGUCUUUGAAAAUAUUAUAAAUUUAUUCAUAUUACGAGGUUUUCAAGGUCUGGUCAGAAUUGAUAUUGCAUGGGAUUCCAUUUCCAUUCAUCAUGAAAGUACUGGAUGCUAAUACUGGUCUACUCUCCAACUUUGAAGUGAUGGACCUGUUGCGAUCCAGAGGAGCCACUCAAGAUCCUUUGGGUUCAUCUGGCUCUGCAACUCGAUCUGAAUGCCAGGUUUUUGAUUACUUGGUGCAGUCUCCAGCGGGAACCCUGACUCGGGAGAUUGUACGGGAGUUCUUGUUGAAGGCAGAAAAGUUUUCACUUACAAAAGCAGAACGACUUCAAGUUCUAAAUCUUAGGCCUUCCACAGCAGUUGAAGUCCAUAUGAUAAUAGAAGACUGUGAGGAGAGAAUGUCAAGUUCAACUGUUGAUGAAUUCCUUGAAAUGGUCAAGAGUACUUUACCACCCCCGCCAAUGAAACCUCAGGUAGAAGAUGAAGAGGAAAAUGAUGAAGCAGAUGAGGAAAAUGAUGAAGCAGAUGAGGGCAAUGAUGGAGAAAUGGAUGCCGAGGAAGAAGUGGAAUAAAGUGCCUAUGUUGUCAACCAUCAAGUGAUUGCAUAUUGUAAUUUGUAAUAUGAUAAUAUUAUAAUCUUUUACAUAAGAAAAGGUGGUGUAAUAUAAUGUACUUCAAAAAGAAGGCUAGUUAAUAUAAAAUGGGGUCAAGAGACAUCUCAUAAGUGAAGAUGUUCUUUGAAUGAUGCCAUUCAAUGCAAUUUAUUAAUGAAGUGGUAGAGAUGCAAGCCUUUUCAAGCACUAA